AUGGCAGCCUCGACCGGUGCCCGGAGGUUACCCAUGGGUGUGCGGACUUUCAGUGACUUUCUCCAGAUUGCCACUGUGGGCUCCCCUCGCUCGUGUCGCACGGCGGUGCAAAGAGGAUGCCUGCGACAAAACAUCAGACACUUGUCAUCGUGUGGCAUUUUGAUGACAAGGAGUCCCAGGGUGCUUUGCUUUCAAGACUGUGACACAAUGCCAGCGGUUCCCCAAAGCAGAAGCUUCAUCAGCCUCACCAACAAAAGGAAGGAGUACUCCGAACGUAGGAUUCUUGGGUAUUCUAUGCAGGAAAUGUAUGAUGUGGUGGCCAACGUUGAUGAGUACAAGCACUUCGUGCCUUGGUGUAAGAAGUCCCAGACCAUCAUGAAAAGAGCAGGUCACUCCAAAGCCCAGCUUGAAGUGGGAUUCCCUCCAGUGGUGGAGAGAUACACAUCUAUGAUCACUAGUGUUAGGCCUCAUCUAGUCAAAGCAGUGUGUACAGAUGGAAAGCUCUUCAAUCACCUGGAGACAAUAUGGCGCUUUAGUCCUGGCAUUCCCGGUUACCCUCGAACCUGCACGGUAGACUUUUCUAUAUCCUUCGAGUUCCGAUCUUUGCUGCACUCACAGUUAGCCACCAUGUUCUUCGAUGAAGUUGUAAAGCAGAAUGUUGCUGCGUUUGAGCGGCGGGCCUGCAAGCUUUACGGCCCAGAGACUCGUAUCCCACGAGAGCUGAUGUUUCACGAGGUGCAUCAGACGUGAUCUCAGCAACUGUACGUCCUCAUCUGGCCUUAAACCAUACCCACCUUUAUUCCCUCAAUAAACUCAAACCUGCAUGAUGCAGCUUAGCAGGCCCCAACAUCAAGUCUCCACUGCUUCUUAGAUGUCAUAGUGGCUACUGAAGGUGUAGGGCAUCUAAUGCUUGUAAGCAUAAUGUUGUAAUUCCUGUCUUAGUAAGUUCUUGCUCAUUUUCCUUCUCAUUGUGUUACGUUUGUCAAUUUUCUGUCUACCUCCAGUUUAGGGUGUCCUUGUUUAGCAGAGAGAACCUGCAAUUGCUUCCAUGGCAGCUGCAGGUUGUAUUUAUGAAAAACAAAACAGUAAAUCAUUGCAGCAUUGUGUUAAGUUGUGUUGGAGAGUCGAUUAUUAUUUUUAAAAACACUUUUCCUUUUGUUCUUGUUUUAAUAAGAGACAGAGGCCCUUUUGCUGAAGUGUUACAUUUCACUGUGGCUUGAGGUUACUACUAUCAAGUGAACUUCAGCAUUAGGGUCCUAUUAUAAUAUAUUGGGAAAGCACAUUCUUUGCCUUUAGAUUGACCAUGUGCUUUAUUUCAAAUGGAAAUAUUAAUAUAUUGUUUGAAAUAAAGUACUGGUAUUGCUGUAAAAUCAUAUUGCUUUUAAUUCUUUAAUUUAUUCAUCAGUGGUUAUCCACCAGUUUUUUUUGGGGUUCAUAUUAACGGUGCCAUGUUUUGGGAUGCUAAAAGAGCAUUACUCUAAGUUGUGACAGUAGUAUGAAGUACAAAGGGGGAAAAUUGGUCAGCUGUGGCCUCAGUUAACUGCGAUUUGAGAAAUUUAGCUUUAACUUGGAUGCUGUGAGGAUUGUGCUUUAGGACAUUCAAAAUUAGUCUGCUAGUUUUAAUAAUGGCUUAUUUUACAGCCCAGCACUAAUAUCAGUUAGUAAAAGUGGGGAAAUAAGACAACCGAAGAACCCCUGUGGAAAUGACGAAAAGUCUGGAGAGUACUGUAAAAGGUAUCACAAAUAAUGCAAAGAGUGCACUGUUACACUUGAUAGAAUAUCUUUAUGAUCGAUAAACAAACAGAUAACCAGAAAUUAAAGAUGGAUUCUCAUAUGAUUCACGUGAUUGUGGCCUAUAUUGUGGUCAGAUUAAAAGUAGAUUAAUAUUGGCAUGUUAUGUUGAGUCUCACUGUUAGGAGUCAGUUUAGGUCAUAGUAAAAAAAAAAAAGGGGAGUUUACUGACUGUGAUCAGGAGGAUGAUGCGCUCGUGUCAUUCUUCUUUAAAAUAUCCUGGUGGGCUGUAGAAUAAAACAUUACACGCAUUUAUCAUUGAGUUUCUUGCUUAUUUGUUGGACUUCUAGCUUAUAUUUACACACAUUUUGAUGCAUGGAUGUAACUAACAAAGACAAAUAUAUUGCUAGCAUUUAUAUGUUGCAUCGUCAGGGCUUGACUUAAAAUCAAGCAGCCCUUUGUGUUAUUCUGUGAUAAAGGGCUAAUAAAGGUAACUGAUUGUAUUUGUCACAUUUUAGAGAGGACCCAUAAGUUGAGGUUGCUAAAGAAGUCGUUUAGUGAUAAGUUUAAUUGUCCACAUUUCAGUAAAGCUAAAAGGUGUUUUAGUAUUUUUUUUUUUUUUUUUUUUUUAACCUGAAGCGUUUUAUUUUCUGUUAGUAAGGUGAUUUGGAAAUUAAGAAAAAUUGGUCAUCAAAGCCAGAGAAAUGUGUAUUAAAUUGAAAUGGAUCUGAAAAUUGCUGUUACAUUUAAAAAAAAAAAAAAAAAAAAGUUAGUUAUUAGGAUUAUUGAGAACCAUUUUUGUGCGUUGUUGUAAUUUGGCCUCUGUGUAUUAUCAAAAUGGAUUUGAUAUGACUGAAGUGUAGACUUCCAGCUUUUUCUUCUGAGUGGUUUAACUAAAGUAUUGCAUUAACUGUUUAGUUUUAUUAAAGUUAGUCCUACCAUUGCCAGAGGCUCAAAACUCCACUAACAUGAUUAUAAAUAUAAGAAUUAUCAUUAAUAUGUGGAUGGAAAUUUUGUGUAGUGAGUUGUCAUAAAUGUUGCAUCAUAUUAGAAUUCAUCUUCACUCCCAAGUUUUUUUUUUUUAAAGUUUUUUUUCUUUUGUGUAUUGCAGAGAGAUUUUUUUUUUCUUUUUUAGGUGCCAAUACUUAUUGGAAAAGAGAGGACAGUCUAACAGUAUAAAUAUAGUAUAAAUAAAAUAGUCUAAAUAUUUUUCAGGCAGGUUUUUCUACUGUCUGCACUGUAUGAUGUCAGUGACGUGGUCAUCUCAGGCACACUGUUCAGGUUAUGAGCACAGAAGCCCCCCCACACCUGCUGCUCCAAACUUGUGUUUUUAAAAGCCAAUCAGAAAGGUGGACAAGUUGUUGUUUCAGACAGUGGCUGCACCAAGUAUAUGAUAAAGGAUUAUUUUGAACUGUGAGUCAUGCAAUACUACACUAGUACAGUCCAGAUCAGCAUAAAGGGUUCCCUUUAAAUUAUCACAUGAUAACCCUGAGACCCCCCCCCCCUGUACAUUUCCACAUCAAUAUUCAAGCUGCAGGUGUAUUAAGGACCAGUGGUCUUAAUGGAGGCAGCCCUGUAUGUAUAAAAGGAGACAUUUAAAUAUCACUCACUAGUUGCUUCAAUCAAAAAUAAUUUUCAUUGUUUAGGAUUUCUGUUGCUUUUUUUGUUGCAAGCUAAAAAUGUAUCUAUGUAAAUACUGUUGCUGUAUUUUACAUUUUUAUUUAAAUAAA